UCUCCGUGAGUUUCCUUUCUUUUUCGUUUGAAUUUCUCUGUUUCUGAUUUCCAUUGGUAAAACUAGCAAUUGCAGGUUGUUGAUUUUUUUCUUAAUCGUAAAAUUGAAAAAAAAGAAAUCGCAGAAGAUUUGAGAUAGUGUUUUGAAAAGAAAUCCCUAAAUGUACAACGGAAUCGGACUGACCACCCCUAGGGGGUCAGGCACCAAUGGUUACAUUCAGAGCAACAAAUUCUUUGUAAAGGCGAAGACGAAUUGGGUAACCCAUUCCACCAAGCCUUUCGAGGCAGAUCAAGGCACCGCAGGUCUCACCACCAGGAAACCUGACAAGGAAAUCCUCGAGCAUGAUCGCAAGCGUCAGAUUGAGCUCAAGCUCCUGAUUUUGGAGGAUAAACUCGCCGAACAAGGUUACACUGAAUCUGAGAUCGCUGAUAAGCUUGUCGAAGCUAGGGAGGCUCUCGAAGAUGCUCAACAAGAGAAAGACGAAGAAGAAGGAGAAGUUAUACCAAUCCCUACUCGCCAGCAAAAGGUUUUGGAUACACAGACCCACCAAAUUGCUGCAAGGAAGGAGGAGCAGAUGGAGACCUUUAGGGCUGCUCUUAGGAUUGGAGCUUCUGAAUCUGGGCUUCCUCCUCUGCCAAAUCCUCGAAAGAACAUCGAUUUUGAUCAAUGCAGACAAGAAACAUGAGGUAACCAUUGGUGUAGGUACCCUAUGAGCCUGAGCCAUAUGACACUUUUCUAAAAGUUCCUUGGUAUAGAUACAACCUUUGAUCGGUGCAGACAAGAAACAUGAGCUAGCCUGAGUUUGUGGUUGAGGGUUUGAUGCGUCUUUUCCUUCAACACUUCUUUUAAAUAAUUUUUACCCUAGCCAUCUGAAUGUGAGCAGUCGAGUAGAAAUGACUUGUGGGAAAUAUGAAUCGUUAAGGGCCAUUGAUCGUCGCCACAGUCAUCACACCUUUUCUCCCUCCUGAUUUGGAGAGAGAAACGUGAAUCGACAAGCUUUUGCGUUUGGAUGCCUUCCAAACCCAUCAAGUUAUUCAAGCUUGACACACACCAAUAGAGGAUCUCAAGUGCUCGAACCUAGUUGCAUCCAACUGGUUGAUAUUGUGUAGACACAAACUUAAGCUCAACAACAUCAUUCUCAGUCAAUCCCCUUAUAAAAUCACGUCUGAUAUCUAUAUGUUUAGUCCUCCAAUGAUACAUUAGAUUCUUGGAAAUGUUAAUGGCAUUUGUAUUAUCACACAAUGCAGUAGCCAUGUCCAAUUCAACACCAAAAUCCAGCUUCUAUAGUU